AUGUAAGUAUUUAACACUAAAGAUUAUAUGCCCUAAAGGGUUGGGCUACAAUUUAAUCCUCCUACGAUUGUAAUUGAAUAUUGGAUUCCCAGUUAAAGAAAAACUUAUCGUCAUAAAAUAAAGUUAAUGCGUCUAACUAGCAAGUCCAACACAGCUGAUUUUGUCGAAUAUAUUAAAAAAAGGCAUAAUUUAUAUGUUUCUAAUUCAAAACUUUUAGACGAGUAGCUUGAAAGUAAAAUAUAUCUAAACAAUUUAGCGCUAAUAACAAGGCUUAAGGAUAAAUUAAGUGAUUAAUCUCAAAAAAAGACAACUGACAGCAAGCAAUAAUCUGAAAUUGGAAGAAAAUAUGCUAGUUCUAAAACACCAAACAUAAAUCCGUUUACCAAAACACAAUAGGUAUAGCCUAAUUAAAGCAGUUCUACAAGCAAACUAAGAGAAAACUAAUUCGAGUCUAUUAAAGCUCAUGUCUUUGAAGAAAUUAAUAUUAAUUCUGAUGAGGACGAUAAAAAUUAAUAAGAUGAUGACUCUGGAAAUUACUAAGAUGACUUUGAAUCUCAACCAGAAUCUGACAUAGAAAAUUUGAAUUUAAAUAAAUUAAAUGUUGAGGAAGUUUAGAAAGUUAAGGAGAAGAUGGAUGUAAAAUAUGUCAAGAAUCUUCUGAAACCUGGAGAUCCAGGAUUUGUUUAUGAUAAAUAAAUCGAAUAUAAACCCAAGAAAAAUAGUGAUUGGGAUGAUGAUUGA